GAGGAUUUCUCAACCAUUCAGUUGACUUGGAACCUCGAUCGCGAGUGGAUUGUGGGUGAGAAAAAGUCGUGAGAAGUGGUGAUUAAAGGCCCCAUAGGCUUCCUCCUUCCCCCUCCGCGAGCCCGCCAAAAAAAAAUUGUUCUCUGUGAUCUUGUGUGUGGUGGAAUUUCUAUAAUACAAAAAAAAACGUCCGGAGACUGCACUUCUGACUGGUCCCAAUACUUCAUGUGUGGACCACAAUGUUGGAGAAUGUUACCAGCCCAAUCAAAUUGACGUAAUUUUUCUUCUCGCAGCAAAAAUUCAAAUAAGCCGAGACGAUCGAGAGGAGGAGGAGUACAAGACAUAGUUUAAAAAAAAAUCCUAAUGCUUAACCACCUGCAAUGAAAACAACCGUAGCGAUGGAUCCUCGAACGGGACUCGACUACAUUGUGGACAACAAGGACUACGUUCAGAAGUUGGGAAGCGCUUUAGAUACAGACAAUGUCACUGUUAAGAAGCAAGUCUUUGAACUCUUAUCAGCUCUCUGUGCCUACAGUACUGAGGGGUACAACCGUGCGUUGGAAACGCUUGAGCACUUUAUGAAUCUCAAAAAAGAGCGCUACCGCUUCAGGAUCAUUGUCCGAGAACUCGAAAGUGCCACACUAGCUGAGUACCAGAUGUCCCUGCUAGCCUUCAUAAACUGCUUAAUAAUCUCAGCCCCAACUCUUCAGAGACGAAUAAAGGUUCGCAAUGAAUUUAUAGGGCUCAAUCUUCUGUCAGUGCUCAACAAUUUGAGACCACUGGCAAAGAAUCUUCCUGACAUCAAAGUCCAAUUGGACGUUUUCGAUGAACAACGUGAGAGUGACGAAGCCCAGAAUCUUCAGGAUCCAGAUGGGAUUAAUCUAAAUUCCCACCUCGAUGUUUUCUAUGCAAUCCUACGACAAGUUUCUGAUACACCACAGGGGAUACCGUUUCUGUCGAUCCUUCAGCAUUUGCUGCGGAUCGACCCUAAGGAAGCUGUUAGUGAUCUAAUUUGGGAUACCGCUGAGACCCUAGUUCAUCGAGCAACACUCCUGGAGAAUCAUGAAGAUUCGGUUAGGCUACUGAGAGCCCCAAGUGUCCAGAAAAUCGUCUGCCCACAUUGUCGAACAGAUAUUGGGGCUACAAGGAAACAAUCAAUAGCCCAAGGUUCUCUUCCAUCGCCCCCACCUCCCCCUCCACCCGCAGUGGGCCUACCACCGCCACCGCCCCCUCCAGCCAUGACUGAAGUCAAACCUAUGGGAAUCCCUCCACCACCACCACCCAUGGCUGCUACCCUAAAAGCCCCUGUACAAACCGCUCAGGUGCCCCAGCCCAAAACCCCAGAACCACCCUCGACAGAACCGCAGCAGUUGCUACCACAGCAAGAAACCCCAGUUCCACGAAGUAAAAUGAAAACCAUCAACUGGAACAAAAUCCCAUCCAAUAGGAUCCUAGGCAAACACAAUAUCUGGUCCUCUCUGGCGUCCGCGCACAGCACUAAGGAUCAGACUAAAACACUGGAUUUUGAGGAGAUUGAAGAUCUCUUCUGCCAGCAAAUGACACCAAAUCCCCAAGCAUCGCCAAAGCUAGGCCGGGACAAGACAGAUACCCUCGAGCGGAAGAAGAAAGAAAAUUCUGAGAUUAGUCUAUUAGAUGGAAAGAGAAGCCUGAACGUCAAUAUCUUCCUUAAGCAAUUCCGUAGCUCAAAUGAAAAUAUCAUCAGUCUAAUCAGAAAUGGGGAACAUGAAGAUGUGGGUGCCGAAAGACUCAGGGGACUACUGAAGAUCCUACCAGAAGUAGAUGAAUUAGAUAUGCUCAAAUCUUUUGACGGGGACAAGUCCAGAUUAGGUAAUGCCGAAAAAUUCCUAAUGGAGUUACUCAACCUGUCUAAUUACAAACUUCGUAUCGAAUGUAUGCUUCUGAAAGAGGAGUUUGCAGCCAAUGUUGGAUACCUAGAACCAGCCAUAAGAGCCAUGUUGUAUGCAGGGGAUGACCUUAUGACCAAUAAGUCCCUGCAAGAAGUCCUGUAUAUGGUCUUAGUUAUGGGAAACUUUCUCAAUUUUGGCGGGUAUGCAGGAAAUGCAGCUGGUGUCAAGCUAUCUUCUCUUCAGAAGCUAACCGACAUCCGUGCCAAUAAACCAGGAAUGAACCUAAUUCAUUAUGUAGCACUUCAGGCUGAGAAAACCAAUCCGAAACUCCUGGAUUUCCCUUCAGAACUGACAACCCUGGAAAAUGCUGCAAAGACCAGCGUUGAGCAACUCAACAACGAACUCUAUACCCUAGCAGGAAGGAUUGAGAAGAUCAAAAAGAAUAUUGAUUCGCCGAAUACGGAUGUAGACAUUAAAAAGCAAAUGGUGGAAUUCCUGAAGAUAUCCGAACAGGAAGUUCACAUUCUCGAACGGUAUAUGCUAGAUCUGGAGAAGACGCGGAUCAAACUAGCAGACUUCUUCGUUGAGGAAGUGAAGAGUUUCAAACUUGAAGAGUGCUUCAAAAUCCUCCAAAACUUUAGGGAAAAAUUCCGUCAGGCUGUUGUUGACAACGAGAGAAGAAGAAUCCAGGAACAACAAGCUAACUUCCGAAGGAAACAGCGAGAGGAUCAACUAGCCAUGAAACGAAGGAAUUUGACACCGGACCUUUCCCUGGGACUCGACAGUCAAAUCCUCGAUCCGAAUCUUCUGACAGGAAGUCCGGCUCUACAGCGUCGUCGAAUAGGAUCAUUUACGAACAACAACGACCUUGCGUCUCCUAAGGAUCCUGGACCCUCACCCGAAGGCACACUGAGACGUAGAAAGAGUCGAAAUCUCAACGAAGACGAGAGCCUAAUGGACUUCCUUCGAUCAUCAGGACACGACAACUUUUCGCGCGAACGAAAGACAUCCUACGGGAGUCUCGAUCGUUCGUGGGCCCGUCGAGCAAGAGCAGAGAAUGGGAUUAAAAAACGUCCAGAUCUCUUCCAUGUGGACUUUACAGCUGAUCGGGAGAGAGCAAAUUCACCCUCAUCUCCUCUUCAACCAAAUCCCAUUCCCAUUCCGACCAUUGAAAAGGACACACCUGCUGAGGAAGUUAAGCCAAGAAUUUCGAAAGAAUGGCAUGAAAAGAUCCAAACAUGGCUUCAACACAAUGAACCAGACAGCAGGAAGAAACGCCUUUCUCAGAGGAAGUCCUAUGAAGAGGAUUCAGAAAAUGAACGAAAACUUGAUCCUCUUCCGGAAGAGAAGGUAUCCCAGAACGAAGUGACACCUAGAAGAACUCCUAUGAAGUGGAAACCUUCCAAUACCAUCGAAAUAACCGACGUGGUUGGCACGAUUGAGGCCAUACAAGAAUCUCAACCAAAACCACGAGAACCGAGAAUUACGAGUCCCGACAACUCCCCUCGAAAGUCACUCAUAUCGACUCUAGGUCAGCGAGAUCCUGGUCAGAAGUCUCCUCCAAUCUUGACGUCUGAUUUGAGGAAAAAGGAUGACAUUGAUGCAGACAACAUAGAAACACCACCAACGCCCAGAAAGAGUCUCCUGGGAACUGGAGACAACUUCAACGAUGCCGAAUUUUUGGGUACUGGACAGUUUGACAGGUUCUCAUCAGCACGCAAGACCAGGAGAUUUAAGAGAUCUAACUUUAACAUGGCGAACAAUGCAGAAGACGUCCCAGCUGCUGAGGAAGUUCCUAAAACGCAGAUAUAUGUGGAAUCUUCGAAACCUGUGUCGUUGGAGAAGAAACAGUUCACGUUGGAGGACAAGGAGGCCCGGCUGAAAAGGUGGCAGGAGCGCUUGAAGAGUCUCGAUGAGUCCGAGACUGCUCUGAAAAACCCAAGACGCUUCCAGAUUGGCGAGAAGGCUGGUGAGGGUGUUCGCAGUGCGACAAAAACUUCCACUUGUGAAUUCAACGAUGAGGGAUUUGAGGAAUCACAGAGCCUAGUGUCAGAUACCCUAUCUCAGGGCAAGGAGACGAGUUCGGGUAAUGAGAAUACAGAUCCCCAGGUGAAUUUGAGGGAGAAACCAAGUGGAAUAAUAAGUGAGCAGAGUGUGGAUGGGCCUAAGAGAAUCAGUGAUUUAAUGCCAAAACGAACCUAUUCAAUGCGAAAUAGUCCAUCAGCACCAUCAAUUUCCGCCACAAAACCCGUAUUCAGGAGGAAUUCCCUGAGAAAGAAUGACUCCAAGUCAUCAGUUACCAGUCUAUCGAGUCGCAAUGUUGAAAGAAGUGGCUCCAGGGGCAGUCUGAGAUCAUCAAGAUCAUCCCUAAAUAGCGGAGUUUCUACCAGUACGGUUAAGAGACUUCCAGCAAAACCCCCUCCAUCGAGAUUCUCCAGUACACCACUCCAAGAGAAGAAACCUCUUCAGAGUGCCUCACUUCGACUGUCCGGGAGUUCUUCUCGGGUCCCGGCCAGUCGUAGUAGUUCCAGCACCUCCAGCAUUGGCAGCACAUCCCUUCGCGUAAAGCCCCAAACGACCGGCUACGCAAAAAAUUCCCCCUCAACAGACAAUCUAGCCAAUGGGACCACUUUCCGGACCCUGUCCGGAUCAAAGUUACCAAAUACCCAGGGCAUCAGCGUGGCCAGUCGCCGAAACAAUUUUAUGCGCCCCACAGCGGCCUCCACCACCAAAGCCCAAACACAACCACCACCCGUUGGUGGUCAGAGCGCCCUCCUCAGGAGUCGCCUGAGGAAGUGAGUCAAAGAUCAACUCCCCACACGCAGAAUCCCCACAAUCCCACUCAGAGGUUAAAAAUUUGUCAAAAUAACCUUAAUUUCAGGGUUUUUACAAAUGUUUUGUUAAAAGGACAAUUUUAUAAUUUGAAAUAUCAUAACAAUUUGUUAUUAAAAAUCCCGUUUAUUCCCUAAAAACGUCUCGUUAAAAAAUUGAAAAGCGUUUUCAAAAGUUUACGAUGUAAAAAAUUUGUAAAACUUUGUUAUUAUUACAAACUUCUUCGUUUAAAAUACAAAAUUUCAUAAGGAAAGUUUGUUUCACAAAAGUUUUGUUGCAAAAAACUUCUAAAGUCUUUCAUUUAAAAAAAUACUUUUGAAAAAUUGUUAUAAAUUUAGAAGAUUUUGUUAAACUUUGUUAAUAUUACAAAUUGUUUUGUUGAAAUACAAAAUUUGACUUUCGAAGUAUUUCGGAAUGCUUUUAAUCAGAAAUUUUUGCAAAAUCUCGUUUUCUAGGUGUGAUUCCAUCAUAAUCACACUUAUUUUUUUUAUUUGGACCUCUAAAAUAUUAUUGUCUUUUUGAGAUAAAUUUUUUAACAAGUGUUUUGUUAAAAUAACAAAACAAAUUCCGAAAAAAAUGUCAUUUGAAAAUAAUUUUAUUUUGUAAAAUCCUUGUUCUGAAAUAUUGUAAAGUGGUUUGUAAAUAACGUAAAACGUUAGUUAAAUUUUGUUAAUUUUGCAAAUUUGUUUGUUAAAUCAAAAAUAGCUAUUAAAUUAUUGUGAAAUCAUUUUAAGACAAAUUUGUACAAAAGACGUUUUUCUUUGAAAGCACAAUAUAAAGCUUAAUACCUCUAUUUUUAAGGAAGAAUUCUUACAAAAGUUUUGCUAAAAUAACAAAUUUUACAAUUUAAAUGCCAAAAGCAUUUGUUUUUUAAUUAUUUAUUUAUUUUUUUCCAAGAACAUCAUUAAUAAAAAAACAUUUGUAAACGCUCUUUAAGAUGCCGAAGAACGUAAGAAAUUUACAAAACUUAGUAAAUUUUACUAAUUUCUUAAUUGAUUUAGCAAACUUUCCCAAAAAAAUCCAAAUGGUAGAGUAUUUCUCUACAGAUAUUUUUUUUUAUCAAAUUAGCAACCCUAAAAUACAGGAUUUUGACAAAUUCCUUUUACCUCUGAGCUAGAGUGAAAAGAAAACGUGACGGAAGAUUAGUUAGAAAAUUCUUGAGACUGCGCUGAAGCGAGAGAGAGAGCAACGUGUAGGAAAAGCAAAAAAAGAACUUAUAUGACAAAAUAUAACAAAUUUACACAAUAAAUCAAGAAAAUAAAAAAAUUAAUAUAUAUAAAAAAGUGACACUAACUCAGCUAAUACAGCAAAAAAAGACCUAUAAAAUUCUCCCUAAUAUCUAUUAUGUUCAAAUCCUUCCCCUUAAAAUCUAAUUUAAAAAAAAAAGAAAAUACACCUUAACAAGUCUUUCUAAAAAAUAAAAAAAAAUCCCCGAAAGAACCUCUCUCAAAUAAAUUAAUUAAUUAAUUUGUGUGUGUUUUUUUUUACAUUCCUGAUAUUUGUACUUUGAAAAGUUAUGUAUUCUUCUUGUUUUUUUUUAUAUCUCCUUUUUCCAUUUCAAAUACAAACAAAACAAAAAAAACUUGAAGAAAA